AUGAGUUGUUACUGCUAUGGAAAUUUCUAUGGAGGUAUAGCUAUCGCUAUCGCCCGGGCUAUGUCUCACUACAGCAAUGCCUGUGGCUACGGCUGUGGAUUUAGCCCCUAUUACAGCUGUAGCUAUCGGACUGGCUAUGGCUGUGGCUAUGGCUGUGGAUACGGCUCCCGUUACGGCUGUGGCUACGGAAGCAGAUAUGGCUGUGGCUACGGCUCUGGCUACUGCAGCUCCUGGCCAGUUUGCUACAGGAGGUGGUAUUCUUCUUGCUACUAG